GACUUGGGUUUGCAUGAUAUGUGAGAUUUCUCUGCUCUUUGGACGUAAUCGCAAGGUCGUAAGCAAAGUGACCAAUCGCUGGCCAGCAUUCCAACUAAUGUAAGAUAAUACUGGUCUGUAAUUGGUUGAAUUGCUUACGAUCUUACGGUUACGGCUACAAUUUUUUUACGUGCAAAUGGCCCUUAAGUUUAAGUUAGGUUAGGUUUAGGUUAAGGUUAAGUUAGGUUCAGGUUAGUUUAGAGUUACAGCGAAUUGGUAGCGUGUAACGUGUUUAUUAUUUUUGCUUAGUGUUUUUAUGUAUUUACCGCAAAAACAAUUUUCUACCGUGAGAUUGUCACAAUGUUUCGUAAGGUUAUUUUAGAAGCGCGCAAUCAAAUCCCCCGGCUAAAUACUGUACGACUCUUCUCGCAAGAAACGAAUGAGGCUACAAGGAUAGAGAAAACUGUUAAUAAUGUUACUUUACUGGGAAGAGUUGGAGCAGAUCCUCAAAAGCGUGGAAGCACUCAGCAUCCAGUUGUAAUAUUUUCCCUAGCAACACACACGAAUUAUAAAUACGAAACAGGUGAUUUCAUGCAAAGGACAGACUGGCAUAAGGUAUGUGUGUUUAAGCCAAAUUUAAGGGACGCUGUAUAUACGUAUUUAAAGAAGGGUCAACGUGUAUUAGUGAAUGGCAGAAUAAGUUACAGCGAAUUCAAAGAUGAAGAAGGGAUCUCUCAUCCUAGCACUGCUAUUAUAGCAGAUGAUGUAAUAUUUUUCCAGUAACAAAUAUACAUACUCUUUAUAAAGAAUGUUUAUU